AUGUUGAUCAUCUGUGAGAAGCUAGCUGAAGCGGGGAUAAUCCAAGAAGUACAUGGAUUUUAUGAAGCAUGUUUAUCCUCACCAGAGGAAUGUAAAGAAUUGAAAAGGUGUCUAAAAGAGCUGAUAAAUCAAGGGAUGGUCCAGAUAAGCCGUACAAAAAAUGAAGAAAGCAUUUCCACACUAGAACCUCUCGAGAUCCCAUACUUGAAGCAGGAUGCUCAAGAAUCUCCAUUGGUGAUUUGUUUUCCUACGCCAUUCCCAUUUGAUAGCACUAAGGCGGUACCUUGGAAUUACGGAGCCACGGGCUAUGUAGGAGAUAAUCCAUUAGUGUUAGAACAUAAUGUCACCAAUAUAGCAGGCAUUGGAGGAGUGACACGAAGUGGUAGGGUUUUUGCUCCAGAACAAACACAAAGGAAGGUUCCCGAGAAAUCCAAAGGCAAAGAGGUCUCGAGUUCAAUCUCAGAUAAUGGACCUUCAAAUAAGACAAUACCUCAAGAGGGUGACGAUGAAUUUUUGAAAAUAAUCAAGAAGAGUGACUAUAAGGUUGUGGACCAACUAGGUAAAGAAGAAGAAGAAAAAGAAAAAGAAGACAUUGAGAGCCUUUCAGGUGAGGAUGUAGAACACUCUCCAGACACAUGA